AUGCAGCUGUCCGCGGUGCAGCAGCAGCGGCGAAAAGCGAACGUGCCGACCUUCGCCAACCACACACCGCGCGCGUGGGAGAUAACAGCUACCGACCCCUCCUCGCAAUCUCCUGGCCUUCCCGACAUGUUCGGCGCCCCUACAGGCAUGACCAUUGGCGCCGAACCAGGCUAUUGUGUCAAUAUGGGUCAGGCUCCCUCCUCGUCAUCCUCCUCGAAUGCCUAUGAGCGGGAGAGGAUCCGCAAGGCCAGCUCGACUAUCCUCCGCGAGGACUCCAUUCAGCAGCGGUUUGAGAGUGCUUCCACUACUACUACCGACGAGCAUUAUUGGUCGUCGACGACUGUGCCGCUGUCCAGGGAGGAUUCAUGGUCGAUGAACUACGACUGUACCACUCAGGCUCCGUAUUCCAAUUCUUCGAAGAGGGACGACGAUAUGAUCACCCAGUCGAGCUUGGUCAAUCUUCCUCACAGUGCCAAGUCUUAUGAUCUGGCGUUCUUCUUGAGGACGACUGGGCCGACGGCGCCGCAUCGUAGGCCGAGCAAGGUUGAGCCUCCGAAGCGAUCGGUCAGCGGCAAGAAUGCUUUUAGAUUUCUCAAGCGAGGCCAGAAGCGAGAUGUGACGCCUGUUCAGAGUGCUAGUGAUAGGUUGGUUGAUGUAUCAUUGAAUGGCGUUCUCAGGGAUGAGGGUGGGCUUCUCCUGGAUUGUGUGGAGCAAAAAGUCUCCUGGACAGGCAAACCGUACUUGGCCCUGCGACUAUCAUCACCGAAACUCUCAGAUGUCAUCGAACAAGACAAUGCUGUCUCAGACAUGGCUGGACCUUCGACUUCAUCAUAUCUCAGCCCGGACAUACUGGACUCGAGGGUGUCGAUCUGCUUUCAUGAGGAUUCCAACAACAGUGACAUCCUCGACAGCUACCUCCAUGCUUUGAAUAAGCAGCAGUAUCAAGACGACCCUGCGAUCUCAGACGAAAUUCGACCUGCAACGUCUUAUGAAGAGGUCGCCAGCAGGCUAUCGCGAAGAUUCCCGACCCCGAUCAGGCCUGCGGCAUCCAACCCUCCGACUCCACAACCUGAGUCAGGGUCCAUGGCAGAGUCUUACUCCACUGAGCUUGUCGACGAUCCAGUCGGCAGACAGUCUUAUGAUACUGCUCGAGCACUAUCAGGUCAAGCAACUCCAGGGGCCGAACCAUUGACGCCGAAGAUCUCGUUGCCAAGAGAGGAGUUUCCAGUCAAGCAUCCGAGCCCAGAGAAGGAAGUCGAAAUCAAGCAACCAGUGCCUCGCCGACUUGGAAGCUAUCCUGUCCUCAUGCAGAGAGCAUCGAGCAUCGCAUCGACCCUUGGCCCACCACGAAGCUUCUCCGAUAGUCCUGGCCCACCGCCACCCCGCAGCCCUCUCAGACUCAGGCGGGACCCAAGGACGAUCGAAAGCAUCAUCGCCAGCCAUGGCUCUGAGCGAAGGGCCACCCCAAAGAUUGCACCCAGCAUCAAGUCCGCAAGCGACUUUGACUUCGGCAUGGAACCCAUAAAAGCCACCGUCACCACGGAAUGCACUGGCCCCAUCAAGAGGCCCAAGUCUCGCAACAAGAACUCCAGCCCUCGCCGGCGGAUCGAUCCCUUGAACCGCAAGGAGCGAGAAGAACGUGUUCGAGCCCGCAAGCUGCGUGAUCGACCAAGUGUGAGCAGGACCAUCGACUCUGUCGUUCACGCACCAGCACAGGCAACUCGCCAACGACAGAAGAAGAUCAGACCACAGAUCACCAUUCCAGACUUACGUCCGCCGCCACUGAGAGCGCCAUCUGCGGCCAGUCAUGCCAGUGCGUCGAGUGUAGCUAGCUGGAAGAAGGUUACGCAGUCUACUCAGACGCCGGUGUCGCCAGUGCCGUCCCGGACAACCGAUGAGGAUGACAGGAUGAAUUACACGCCAAUCUCACCAACAGCACAGACUGCCGAAGAAAGAAACUCUGAGUCGGGCAUGAACUUCAGCCCGGUAAUGAUGGUUGCAGAAGAAGUGCCAGUGCCAAAGACCAAGCCUUCACCAAAGCCAACAAAGCUCAUUCUCAAGGAAGGGAAGACGUAUGCCCCUCGACCUCGCUCGGCAUCGUAUUCACGGUCCGCAAUUCAAAGACGAAGUCGAACGAGUGUCAACAACAGCAAUCAGAACAGCGUCCAUUCAUCGCCGAGGUCGAAGAGCCCAGGCUACGAGCGAGAAGAAGACGACGUUCCCCCUUUGCCAUCACCGCCGCCGACUCGGGCCUUGCCACCAACGCCACCAGCUUCUGGAUCCGAGAAGACAAGCAAAGCGAACAGCAAGGCCAAGGUCGUUUGCAAAGAUCUCCCUACCGUCCCGUCACACGACGUAUCGCCAAUUUCAUCCACCUCCUCGAAGAAGGACAAGGAGAAGUACCCCCACGUCGUCACGCAGCAAAGCAAACACGCCAACAGAUCCUCGAACCGAGCCGCCGCACGAAUGGAUGCCCGCCUCGAAGCACUCGAGAAGCAGAACGCUCUCCUUUCCGCAGCACUCAUGGCGGUACUUCGCACAAACGGCGCUCUGAACGGAACAAUCCCCAGUCUGCUGGAACCUGAGAGCCCGAAAGCGGGUCCGAUGGCGUGGGAGUCACGGGUCGCGAGGAGGAGUGCAGCGACCACAGCGACCAGCCACACGGCCUCGAGCAGCAACGGGAGUGCUCUGGAGAUGUACAUGAGCACGAGGAGGGGGAGCCGUCAUGGUCAUUGA